AUGGGUGCCGUCUCAAGCCGUCAGCCUCGCAAAAUCACGCAAGAGAACGCUACCGAAGAUCCUUAUUACGAUGUGAUAUUCACAUAUUGCGACGUAAAAGACAGUGACUCUGCAAAGGCAAAAUGGGAAGCUGUCCUUUACAUCGAGACAAAAGACCUAAAGCGAGUCUUACGCAAAGGGCUCGUUAUCUCGGAAGACAAUAUUCAACCACAAUCCGACUGUAUCACGAUCGAAAAGUGCCCCGGGUAUCUUCGAGAAGAAGGCUGGAUUUAUGCCCGUCGGUACAUCUUGUCUGGGAAGUCGUGCGGCGGAUGGACGGCCCAUCUCGCGGUUGGAGAGCGGACGAAAUGA